AUGGCGGAGUACUACAUUACCAUGUCUUGCAUAUGUUCGAGACGCCGCCUUGUAAGCGCAGUCGCAAGAAUCAUCAGUCGCUUCGCGGCUACGACUGACUCAAGUAUCCUCACUUCCCACAAUGACGGUAACAUCAACUUUUACAAACACAUAGGCGCUUACUGGUCUGAGAACGAAUGGACACUUUUACUUAAACGACAAACGAAGUUCAAUGUGUUUGAUCUAGAGAAAGUCAACGCCAAGAACGAUAGCGCACGACAUUUCUUGUCGAUGAUCAAAUUCGCGGAAGGCGGAUCCAAUCCGGUUGCUGGACCUGAAUCUUUGCUGACUGUGUUAGAGAUUGCGAGUGUAGAGUCUACACGCCUGUAUCAUCCUGCCGAAGACAGCAUUAUGGACUAA